AUGAAAACCCUAAUAUCAUACCUUGUGAUAUUAUCAAUAUUGUUUGCAAUAGCAAAUGGUAGCCCUCCAGCUGAUCCCAUAAAAUGUUCAAACAGAAACCUGGAUUGCACAAUACAAAACACUUACGGAACCUUCCCGGAUCGAAGCAUUUGCCAUGCAGCCGAAGUAGCCUAUCCAACAACAGAGGAAGAGCUGAUCUCAAUUGUAGCAAAUGCAACAAUGUUGAAGAGAAAAAUGAAGGCGGCAACUAAGACAUCCCACAGCAUUCCAAAGCUAAUGUGUCCCGACGGCGAAAAUGGACUCAUAAUUAGCACCAAGUUCCUCAACCAAACCCUUAAUGUGAAUCAAUCGAGCUUGACAAUGACGGUUCAGCCCGGAAUGGAGCUCCGGGACUUGAUUAGUAAGGCAGCGGAUGCCGGAAUGGCCUUGCCUUAUGCACCCUACUGGUGGGGUGUUACGGUGGGUGGAAUGUUGGGAACCGGUGCUCAUGGAAGCUCUUUGUGGGGUUCCGGCAGCGCCGUACAUGAUUACGUUGUCCGGCUUCGGAUCAUUUCGCCGGCCGGGGCGGAUGAAGGUUAUGUUAAGGUUAGGACGCUCGAGAUUGGUGAUCCUGAUCUUGAUGCGGCCAAAGUCUCCCUUGGUGUUCUUGGUGUUAUUUCUCAGAUUACUUUGAAGCUACAACCAAACUUCAAGAGAUCACUUACAUUCUUGGAGAAGAACGAUUCGGAUUUAGGAGAUCAAGCGUUGACCUUUGGAAAAGCGCAUGAAUUUGCAGAUUUCAAUUGGUUUCCAAGCCAGAAAAAGGUGGUUUAUAGAAUAGAUGAUCGAGUUCCCACCAACACAUCCGGAAAGGGCCUUGACGAUUUCAUUGGUUUUCGAUCUACUUCUUCUCUUGUUCUUGCAGCACUUAGAACAACAGAGGUUGCUCAAGAACUGACCAGAGAUGCCAAUGGAAAAUGUAUAAGUGGAGGUGCAAAUACAUUGGCUUUGACAACACUUGCCUAUGGUUACACGAAUGAUGGUAUACUAUUUAAGGGUUAUCCCAUAGUUGGAUAUCAUAAUCGUCUCCAAGCAUCAGGAAGUUGCCUAAAUGGCAUUCAAGAUGGAUUGCUGACAGCAUGUCCAUGGGAUCCUAGAGUUAAAGGCUUAUUCUUUUUCCAAACAACAUUUAGCAUAGGCCUCUCAAAAGUCAAGGGCUUCAUCGAAGAUGUUCAAAGUCUUGUCAAUUUGGUGCCUAAAGCUUUAUGUGGACUAGACAUCUACAACGGCAUCCUAAUGAGAUACGUUACGAAUUCAAGUGCUUAUCUGGGCAAACAAGAAGAUGGAUUGGACUUUGAUCUCACCUAUUAUAGAAGCAAAGAUCCAACUAAGCCUAGGCUUUAUGAAGAUGUUAUAGAAGAGAUUGAGCAAAUGGCAAUGUUUAAAUAUGGAGCAUUGCCACAUUGGGGGAAGAAUAGGAAUGUUGCUUUUAUAGGGGCCAUAGAGAAAUAUGCCAAAGCUGACGAAUUCUUGAACGUUAAAAAUGAAUAUGAUCCAGAUGGACUGUUUUCUAGUGAAUGGACUGACCAAAUUCUUGGAUUGAAAGAUGGGAUUAGUAUAAUUAGGGAUGGUUGUGCUUUAGAAGGCCUGUGUAUUUGUUCCCAAGAUAUCCAUUGUGGCGGAGGCUACGUUUGUAGCCCUGGAAGAAUUUACAAGGAGGCAAACGUUUGUCGACUUUCUUCAUCCUAG